GUGAGCUCAUCAACCUCCUCCUCCAAGGAGGGAGGUGGCUGAGGCUCUGUCUAUUGCUGGUGGGUGGGUGGUUUCCAUCCUCAGCAUCACCAACCAAAGGAGGGGGGGACAGAGAGAGAGAGAGAGAGAGCAGUUGCUGAUGUUGUGCUCUGAAGCAACCUCAGUAGAAGGGAAAAUGGAUCCAGCUUGCACAUCCCUCGCCUUUCAACACCUUCCCUUGGUUUCAGCAUGGUGAGCAUAAGCAACAGAGAAGCAUCGGCUUCAUCGCUGCUUUCCUUAAUCAUCUCUAAAUCCGAUGGCAAUCGAUAUUUGAGGACUGCCCAAGGAGCUGAUGGGGCUAUCUUUACGAAUGUCACACAGUAGGUUCUGAGACAACUUUAAUGGAAAGAAAGAAAAAAUGGCUGUUCCCAUUUGAAAAAGGAUUCUCACGCACAGACUCACAACAGCCAACAGCCAUGUCAAAAAAAGGACGCAGCAAGGCUGAAAAGCCUGAGGCACUGAUUAUGUCCUUACAAGCUGCCAAUGAAGAUCUCAGGACCAAGCUAACAGACAUUCAAAUUGAGCUUCAUCAGGAGAAGUCUAAGGUAAGCAGACUCGAAAGGGAGAAAACCCAAGAAACGAAGCGGAUCCGGGAGCUGGAGCAGCGCAAGCAGACAGUGCAGAUCACUGAACUGAAAGCGAAGCUCCACGAGGAGAAGAUGAAGGAGCUGCAGGCCGUGCGGGAGAAUCUCAUCAAGCAGCACGAGCAGGAAAUGGCUCGGACAAUGAAAAUCAGAGACAGUGAAAUCCAGAGGCUCAAGUCAGCCCUGUACGCGUUGCGGGAAGGGAGCAGCGACAAAGUACGGACAGCACUGACCAUUGAGGCUCGCGAAGAGGCCAGGAAACAAUUUGACUCUGAGCGCCUUAAGCUUUUGCAGGAAAUUACCGAACUCAAGUCUGCCAAAAAGCAGGUGGACGAAGCCCUGAACAACAUGAUCCAGGCGGAUAAGAUCAAAGCGGGGGAUCUUCGGAGUGAGCACCAAUCCCACCAGGAAGCAAUCUCGAAGAUCAAAUGGGAGAGCGAGAGGGAUAUCCGCAGACUGAUGGAUGAGAUCAAAGCAAAAGACAGAACCAUCUUCUCCUUGGAGAAAGAGCUGGAGACCCUGACUGGAUAUGUUCAGAAGCUUCAACUGCAGAAGGAGGCUUUGGACGAACAGCUGUUCUUAGUAAAGGAGGCCGAAUGUAACAUGAGCAGUCCCAAAAGAGAGAUCCCAGGCAGAGCAGGAGAUGGCUCUGAACAUUGCAGCAGUCCUGACCUACGCAGAAACCAGAAGAGGAUGGCAGAGCUCAAUGCUACCAUACGGAAACUCGAGGACAGGAACACACUGCUGGUGGAUGAGCGGAAUGAACUGUUGAAACGUGUUCGGGAAGCCGAAAAACAAUGCAAACCUCUUCUGGAAAGAAAUAAGUGCCUCUCCAAGAGAAAUGAUGAACUCAUGCAGUCGUUGCAGCGCAUGGAGGAGAAGCUCAAAGCAAUCGCUAAGGAGAAUUUAGAAAUGAAAGAAAAAAUGACAUCACAUCCUCCUCUGAAGAAAUUAAAAUCUCUCAAUGACUUGGAUCAAGCUAAUGAAGAGCAAGAGACUGAAUUUUUGAAGCUUCAGGUUAUAGAACAGCAGAACAUAAUUGAUGAAUUGACACGGGAUAGAGAGAAACUUAUUCGUCGCAGGAAGCAUAAAAGAAGUUCCAAGCCAAUCAAGAGACAUAUAUUGGACACAGUUUAUGGGGGUGAUGAUGACUCCAUGGACUCAGAAACCUCAUCCAUGGCUUCAUUCAGGACAGACAGAACACCAGCAACUCCAGAUGAAGACCUGGAUGAAAGCUUAGCAGCUGAAGAAUCAGAGUUGCGAUUUCGACAAUUGACAAAGGAGUAUCAAGCCCUGCAGAGAGCCUAUGCAUUACUGCAAGAGCAAACAGGAGGUAUCAUAGAUGCAGAACGAGAAGCCAAGGCACAGGAGCAGCUCCAAGCUGAAGUCCAGAGGUACAGAGCUAAAAUAGAGGAUCUGGAAAAAACGCUGGCCCAGAGAGGACAGGACUCCCAUUGGGUAGAAGACAAGCAACUUUUUAUUAAGAGGAAUCAAGAGCUUUUGGAUAAGAUAGAAAAACUGGAAAUCGAUAACCAUCGAUUGCAACAGGAGCUGCAGGAUGCCAGAGAUCAAAAUGAGCUGUUGGAGUUUCGGAAUCUGGAGCUUGAAGAAAGAGAAAGAAGGUCUCCACCAUUUAAUCUACAAAUCCACCCAUUCUCCGAUGGUGUAAGUGCUCUGCAGAUCUACUGCAUGAAAGAAGGUGUCAAGGAUGUUAGCAUUCCAGAUCUUAUAAAACAGUUAGACAUUUUGGGCGACAAUGGGAAUUUAAGAAAUGAAGAGCAAGUGGCCAUAAUUCAAGCUAGCACCGUGUUGUCCCUGGCAGAAAAGUGGAUACAGCAGAUUGAAGGGGCUGAGGCAGCUCUGCACCAGAAGAUGAUGGAGCUGGAGAGUGACAUGGAGCAGUUCUGUAAAAUAAAAGGUUAUCUAGAGGAAGAACUGGACUACAGGAAACAAGCUCUUGACCAGGCCUAUAUGAGAAUCCAGGAGCUUGAAGCCACUUUGUACAACGCUUUGCAGCAAGAAACAGUGAUCAAGUUUGGAGAACUGCUCAGUGAGAAGCAGCAGGAGGAACUUAGGACCGCUGUCGAAAAAUUAAGACGGCAGAUGCUGAGAAAAAGCAGAGAAUAUGAUUGCCAGAUCUUGCAGGAGAGAAUGGAGUUGCUUCAGCAGGCACAUCAGAGGAUCAGAGAUUUAGAAGAUAAAACUGACAUCCAGAAGAGACAGAUCAAGGAUUUAGAAGAAAAGUUUCUUUUUCUGUUCUUGUUCUUCUCUCUUGCCUUUAUUCUUUGGCCUUGAUGUCAAAUGUGCCUCUUGAAAGGUAAGACUGCUUUCUUUCUUUUCCCUUAAAAUACUAAGCCACACACAUACCUCUUUCUAGGUUCUUAUCCAAAGCAGCACAGCUGAAUAUCUAAACCAAUGUUGAUCCAGAAACAAGAUCAAUCAAGUGUGUUUCAGACCUUCUACAAAGGGCCAUUUCAUACAUUAUGCAGAGGCCAACUUGAGUUUUCCACAGGAAGUUGCAGCCAAUCUCAGCUCCCUGAGUGGACCUUUCUGUUGUAUGUGUUUGUAAACACAUUUAUUGCACUCAGACUUUACAUUAGAUGGUUGCUGUAAUGUGUGGUGACCCUAAGGAAAUGUGGAAUGUUGCCUUUGUCCAGAAUAUAUUAUUGGUUGGUUCUAACCUUUGUCCUCUGUCCAGCAAUCCUUCCCUCAUUAUUUUCCAUAGCACCAGCUUUUGGUAAUAUAGAGUCUGAACCGUAAGUCAUCAUUUGGAGUGACUAGCUUAAGAUGCAGAACAACAACAACAGCAAAAGAUUUCAUGGUUUGACUUCUCUUUAUGUCUUUAGAGUAUAAUAAACUAAUAGCUACUCACCUAGACUGAACUGUCUUUAAAGACACUAUCGAAGUAGAAAAAAUACCCCCAAAUUCUAAAUUUAAAGAUUGGUCUCUUCUAAAUAAAUAUAAAGGAAGACACAUAUAUGGUUGCUUUUCAAGUCUCCUUAUUAACAGUUGACAUUUUACUUUGAUUUGUAUAGGUUGUAGCAAGCUGCCAGCACUCGCCACUAUGCCCCACUCUCUCCAAACUGGUGUGGGAGAUGAGCCAGGAAGGUCACAAGUGUCAUCGCCCACUAUGAUGACAUCACACGUGGGUGCUGUUUGCUUACCAGCCAGCACCAUGAUUGCUGCCAGCUGGGCAAGAGAGGGCCUAGCUGGGCAUUACCUUAGAGCCAUGUAAAUGGUCCAGAGAUGCUUAGAAGAGGGAGGAGAUGGAAGGAGAGGGGAAAGCAGAGAGACUGGAAGCGGGUACUACUCUUUAAUUAGGGAGGUCAUUUGAAUGGUCCCCUUUUACCAGACGUGCCUUUCUCUUGCUUUCUAGAGUGAUUGACUAUACAGAAAAGUCCUCAAAGGGCAGAUGCUUCCAAACACACGAAGAAGAGAAGACUGUUUACAACCAUUGCAAAACAAAGCAACACUCUGUCACCGAGAGACCACACCCACCAUGUAGUUUUAAGCCAUUACUUCAAGGUUUGUUACUUGACAGUUCCCUGUCUAAAGCUACAAGAUAUGCUGCACUUAAUAACAUUCUAUAAGGAGGGAGACAAAUAUGCCAUCAGCAUAUAUCACUAGGAUUUUUAUUUUAUUUUUUAUGGUGAAGAAUCAGCAAGCAAACCACAUUCAGUCGAUUGAGUAAAGGUAUGCCAGGCAAGGAACCAAAGUUACUAUGAACAAUCUAUCCCUGCUGUGCAGGGGGGUUAUUUUAAACACGGACACCAACUUCCCAUGAAAGUCAUCGACAAUAAAGGGGACAGAGCAGAAGAAACGUAUCCAGGACUCUAAAGGGGACAGUGACAAUAAAGCAGUUGAUGUGGAAA